AUGUCUACCAAUUCGCUACUGCUUUUCGUUCUUGCAUUUUUACAUUUGUCUGGGCUUUAUACCAAGACAAGCGGUGCCUUCUCCAUUGAAGAAGCAACUAUAGAUGAUCUUCAGCUAGCUUUUAAGCAAAACCAACUAACCUCAAGACAACUUGUUGCGUUCUACCUCAAACGGAUACGCAGGCUCAACCCACUUCUUAAAGGGGUCAUAGAGGUAAACCCUGAUGCAAUCUUCCUAGCCGAUAAGGCUGACAGAGAGCGCAAGGCCAACACACCAGGGUCUUCUGUUGGUUUACACGGCAUUCCUAUCCUGCUCAAGGACAACAUUGCAACCAAAGACAAACUGAACACUACAGCUGGCUCUUAUGCACUGCUUGGUUCAGUUGUGCCUCGGGAUGCAGGUGUGGUGGUGAAGUUGAGGAAAGCUGGAGCUAUCAUUUUAGGGAAGGCUAGCUUGAGCGAGUGGGCUAAUUUUAGGACAAAUGGUGCACCCUCAGGUUUUUGUGGGAGAAGUGGCCAAGGAAAGAAUCCGUAUGUUUUGUCUGCGACUCCUUGUGGGUCAAGCAGUGGGUCAGGAAUUUCGGUGGCAGCAAAUUUGGCAGCCGUGUCACUAGGGUCUGAGACUGAUGGCUCCAUCCUAUGUCCAUCCAGUUACAACUCAGUUGUGGGCAUCAAACCCACUGUUGGACUCACAAGUAGAGCUGGGGUUAUCCCAAUCACCCCAAGACAAGACACUGUGGGGCCAAUGUGCAGGACAGUAUCAGAUGCUGUGUAUGUCCUUGAUGCCAUUGUAGGCUUUGAUUCAAAUGAUGUUGCAACUAGAGAAGCAUCAAAAUACAUUCCACAUGGUGGCUACAGACAAUUUCUUCACCCUCUUGGGCUUAAAGGGAAGAGAUUGGGGAUAGUGAGGGAUCCAUUUUACAAUUUCGGCAACGAUAAAGGAUCCGUUCUGAUCAAACAAACUUUUGAGCACCAUUUUCAAACACUAAGACGAGAAGGGGCAGUUCUUAUAGACAAUUUGCAAAUAAGCGAUGUUGACACAAUCACAAACGGGCAGAGUGGUGAAUCACUUGCAAUAUUGCUCGAAUUCAAGCCAGCUUUGAAUAAAUAUCUAAAACAGCUGGUGGCAUCUCCAGUCCGAUCCUUAGCAGAUGUGAUAGCCUUCAACAAAAAAUUCUCCAAACUGGAGAAGACUAAGGAGUAUGGUCAAGUCCUCUUCGAGCAAUCCGAGUUCUUGAGCCGAAAUGUAUCGAAAGUUGAUGCUAUAUUGAAGAAACUGGUGUCAAAUUUCAAAAAACUUUCCAAGAAUGGACUGGAGAAAUUAAUCAAGAAGAACAAACUAGAUGCAUUGGUGGCACCUAGUACUAGUGCCGUAACGUCUGUUCUUGCAAUUGGACAAUAUCCAGGAAUCAGUGUCCCUGCUGGGUAUAAUAGUGAGGGAGUGCCUUUUGGCAUUUGCUUUGGGGGACUAAAGGGUUCAGAGCCAAAGCUUAUUGAGAUUGCUUAUGGCUUUGAAACAGCUACUAAGGUUAGGAAGCCCCCUACAUUCAAGCCUUAA